AAAUGUUUUCUCCUACACAUCCAGUUGGGAAUGGGAAGUGCAUUGGACACCUUAUGUGGACAGGCCUACGGUGCAAAACAGUAUCAUUUGCUGGGUAUACAUAUGCAAAGGGCUAUGGUUGUUCUUGUCCUUGUAAGUAUUCCUCUGGCUUUAAUUUGGGCCUACACCAGCCAAAUUCUCAUGGCUGUUGGUCAAAAUCCAGAAAUAUCUUUGGAAGCUGGAGUCUAUGCUCGUUGGUUGAUUCCAGGCCUCUUUGCUUAUGGCCUGCUUCAGUGCCAUGUCAGGUUUCUGCAAACUCAAAACAUAGUUUCUCCACUGUUAAUAAGCUCCGGGAUAACAACAUUAUUCCACAUAUUUGCAUGUUGGAUUCUAGUUUAUAGAUCUGGUCUUGGGAAUAAAGGUGCUGCAUUAGCAAUUUCUGUUUCAUACUGGAUCAAUGUACUGCAGUUGGCACUUCAUCUCCAGUUCUCACAGGCAUGCAAGAAGACUUGGAAUGGUGUGUCAAAAGAGGCACUGCAUCACGUCUUUAACUUCCUAGAACUUGCAAUUCCUUCAGCAUUUAUGACUUGCUUGGAAUAUUGGUCAUUUGAGAUGGUGGUUCUUCUAUCUGGUCUUCUUUCUAAUCCAAAGCUAGAAACUUCUACCUUAUCCAUCAGUCUCAGUACGAUGUGGAUGGUGUAUAUGGUUCCCACUGGUCUUAGCAGUGCUCUCAGCAUUAGAGUUUCAAAUGAACUGGGUGGCGGACAACCUCAAGCUGCACGUCAGUCAGUGCGAGCUACUUUUAUCAUAACCGUCACAGAAGGUUUGCUUGUAGCAUUAGCCACCAUUUUGUUACGUGAUGUCUGGGGAUAUUUGUUCAGCAAUGAAGAAGAGGUGGUGAAGUAUGUAUCACGAAUGAUGCCAGUUCUUGCAACCUCUGACUUCCUAGAUGGGAUUCAGUGUGCACUUUCAGGUGCUGCUAGAGGGUGUGGUUGGCAGAAAACAUGUUCGUACAUUAAUCUUGGAGCUUACUAUGUUGUUGGUAUACCUUCCGCUAUUCUCUUCGCGUUUGUCUUGCAUGUUGGUGGUAAGGGACUCUGGAUGGGCAUCAUCUGUGCACUCACUGUUGAAGUGCUGGUGCUUCUGGUCAUCAUCCUGCGCACUGACUGGGAUAAUGAAGCAAGGAAGGCGAGAGACCGAGUUUACAACUCUGCCAUGACUGUUGAUGCAACAGGUUGAUGCGCGGCCGUAGACUUUAAUUCUUCUAUUCUAUUCUGUAAAUCUAAUAAUGUUCUUUCAACUUGAAGAACACCUAUAUUUUUAUGAUUCUAUGCACGGAAAGCAAAUAAAUAAAUAUAUAUAUAUCUUUGACUUGAUUUA